GCUGCGCUUGCACCCUGGGGACCUGGACUGGCUCCAGGCAGCGCCGGCUGAGCUUGUUUUCCGAGAGCCUGCCGGGGUGUUGGUGCUUAUGUUUUCAGGGCUUUGGGGGACGGGUAGGAUGGGGGCUGCCGAACUUACUUGUAGAGAUUUCCGCAAACUCGAUGAAGACAGGACGUUAUGCAUUUUGCCGCGUGACUUGGCGCGCGCGGGAGGAACAUGGUGAGGCUGGCCCACACCUUGGCGGACCACGGCGACGACGUCAGCUGCUGCGCCUUCUCGGCCUCCCUGCUGGCCACCUGCUCCCUGGACAAGAGCGUCCGGCUGUACGCCCUGAGCGGCUUCGCCGAGCUGCCGCACUCGCCGCUGAAGCAGCACACCUACGCCGUGCACUGCUGCUGCUUCUCGCCGUCGGGGCACCUUCUGGCGUCCUGCUCCACCGACGGGACCACGGUGCUGUGGAACCCGCACAGCGGCCACGCCCUGGCCGUGUGGGAGCAGCCCGGGGGCAGCCCGGUGCGCACCUGCUGCUUCUCCCCGGACUCGGCCUACCUGGCGGCCGGGGCCGCCGACGGCUCCGUGGUUCUGUGGAACGCGCAGUCCUACAAGUUCUACAGGUGUGGUAGUGUCAAGGAUGGCUCCUUGGUGGCCUGUGCGUUUUCUCCCGGCGGGGGCCUCUUGGUGACCGGCUCCUCGGGGGGAGAUCUGACCCUGUGGGAUGAUAGAAUGAGGUGUCUGCACAGCGAGAAGGCCCACGACCUCGGCAUCACCGGCUGCAGCUUCUCCUCGCAGCCGCUUCCUGGUGGAGAACAAGGCCUUCAGUUUUACCGCUUCGCAUCAUGUGGUCAAGACUGUGAAAUCAAGCUCUGGCUUGUUUCUUUCACCCAUGUCUCAGGCUUUGAAUUAAAAUACAAAAGUACGCUAAGUGGGCACUCCGCCCCUGUUCUGGCCUGUGCCUUUUCCCAUGACGGACAGAUGCUUGUGUCGGGGUCAGUGGAUAAGUCCGUCAUCAUAUAUGCUGUCGGCACCCAGACCGUGCUUCACACGCUGACCCAACACACCAGGUAUGUCACAACCUGCGCCUUUGCACCCAACACCCUUCUACUUGCCACUGGUUCAAUGGACAAGACGGUGAACAUUUGGCAGUUUGACCUGGAAGUGCCUUGCCAAGCCGGAAGCGUGACCGAGCCGCUCAGGCGCUUAACCGAAGACUGGUCAGAGGAGGACGUCUCGGCAUGGCUUCGCGCCCAAGGUUUGCAGGACCUCGUCGGCGUCUUCCAGACAAACAACAUCGAUGGAAAAGAGCUGCUGCACCUCACCAAGGAGAGCCUGGCCGGCGACUUGAAGAUCGAAUCUCUAGGUCUGCGCAGCAAAGUGCUGAGGAGUAUUGACGAGCUCAGGACCAAGAUGGAUCCCCUUUCUUCCGGAAUCCCUGAUGAGUUCAUCUGCCCAAUAACUAGGGAACUUAUGAAGGACCCCGUCAUAGCCUCAGAUGGCUAUUCCUAUGAGAGAGAAGCGAUGGAAAACUGGAUCCACAAAAAGAAACGGACAAGCCCCAUGACAAACCUGGUUCUUCCUUCGCUGGUACUGACACCAAAUAGGACUCUGAAGAUGGCCAUCAAUCGAUGGCUAGAGACACACGAGAAAUGAAUGUGCUCACGCAGCAUCGGAUGCACUUUUCAGUGAUGUCCUUCACUUGACUCAAAAUGCCAAGCAGGCAUUACAAAAGCACAACAGAAGAAAAAGUCAGGUGUUAAAUUCAGUUACUUUUUAAAACUGUCAGUUAAGACUUGGGGCGGUGGUGGCACACACCUUCAAUCCCAGCACUUCCGAGGCAGAGGCAGGUGGAUCUCUGAGUUUGAGGCCAGCCUGGUCCAUAGAGCAAGUUCCAGGACAGCCAAGGCCACACAGAGAAACCUGUCUCAAAAAACCCAGAACAAAACUAAAAACAGUCAAUUAUUAUCCUUAAGACACAGAAUUACGCAUCUAAUGUCAUUGCUUUUUCUAUAAAAGUGAAAAUAUUUUUGCACUAGUGAGAAAAUGUAGAGAAUAAAAGUUUACUAUGACUUUAAAUUACAGUGCCUAAAUCUGUUCUUAUUAGGUAUAGGACGCAUCCUAUAGCAUCUAUACCUGAAAUAGAUUUGUACGGAUGUUUCCAUCUUGGAUAACAGCCAUUCAGUAAUUUCCAGCAACUUUUAUAAUAGAAUUUUGACAGUGUAAUUGUAAAUUGUUCAGUAAAUUGAAAAAAAAAAAAUCACUCCAGGCAUGUUGAGUAGCGAUUUUGUUACAUUCUAAGUUUGUAUAGUGUAAGGAUUUUUUUCCUCCAUUAUUCAACCUCAGAGUAAGCUAGGUCAGAUAGUCAAUACUGUGCUGAAAUACGGCAAACCAGCUUCCUUUUGAAACUUGGGAUUCUGAAGCUCUCCCAUGCUGGGACUGCGCCUGCCAGGGCGGCCGGCCUGGCACCUGCUGCGCCACAUGUCCGCAUGGCCCACGCAGGAAGAGACGUUCCCGAGGGCUGUCUGGACUGACCUCAGAUGCCUGGCUGUUCCCCAGCGUGGAGCCAUCUCGGAGGCUUACUGCAGCAAGCCUGCCAGGGCUGGGAGCAGACACUGACUGCGUCCUCAGCCUCUGUCCUCUCAGGCCCUGGAAGUGUCCACAAACAUUAAGAAAUAAGGCCACACUCUGGGAAUCCCAGGUAUGGAUCUGGCCAGUAGUUAAUAAAAGCUCUUAUUUAUUAAACUUUA